GUCUUCCUCUCCCUGAGUCAGGGUCCGCGGAGGUGGCUCCCACUGCUUCCCAACUCUCCCCUCAUCCCAGCCCCGUGUUGGGCUGAACAAGGCCUUAUCCUCCCCUCAGGUCCCACAAUUCCCUGGAAAGGGGCUUGAAUGUGAGGAAAUGCAGAUGGCGAUGGCAUUGUCAUUUCAACUCGCGACUCACACCAUGGCAUAGCUCGGAUUCCAGGAGGUUGGGGGUUUGAGAAUGGAGGCAGUGGCCCUUUCACAGCGGAGGGCCCCAGGAGUCCUGAGGUUCUAGAGCGAGGGGGCUGCCCGGAUGAUCGGAUGGGGCCGGUGGAGGGGCAAGACCCCACGGAGCUGACCACAGAGCCGCGGGAGAGCACCGCAGGACACCCAGAACAGCAGCCUCCGUUCCCGCCGCUCCCUCUGCUCCCUGACCCCUCAGCAUGGGGAGAUGGGACACCCCUGAGCACUGCCCAGCCCAAAAGCACCGCCAUGGACGGGCGAGAUCCCAAACACCCCUGUGGGGUUACCAACAUUGGCUUCAUGGGAGAACCUCCUCCUUACACCCCUCCGGACCCAAAGACUGUCCACCUGGUCUACCCACCAUUCCCGCCCAACUUUUCAGGGCAAGUGCCCGUCCUCUACCAGCCAGGGCCGUCCCCGGCAUCCUUGUACCCCCCGGGCCCCACGCCACCAUCCGUGUACCCGCUGGGCCCUCCAUCACAGACCGUGUACCCACCGAACCUACCCUACACAAUCUACAACGACCCACUGAGUAGGGCCGUGGGGGAAGCCAGGAGGAGCCACCCUCCCAAGGACUACAUGGUGGAGUCAGUGCUCGUCACAAUCUUCUGUUGCCUGCUCACCGGAGUCAUCGCCGUCGUCUACUCGCACGAGACCCGGGCAGCUGUGAACCGUGGGGACCUGGCCCAGGCUGAACAGGCGUCCAGAAAGGCCCGCUCCCUGGUACUCUUCAGCCUGCUCUUUGGGGUCUUUGUGUCCAUCAGCUGGAUCAUCUACGUGAUGGUUGCCCUCUACGCACCCUGAGCGACCGGCAGGCUCUGACUCCCUGUCAUCUGGCCUCUGGGCCCGGGUCAGCAUCCAGAUGAUACCUGCAACUCACCGGGGUUGAGCCGCUUGCUCGGAACCAGAAUUUGCCAUCAUCAUCACCACCAGAGCCAUUUACUGGGCUCCUGUUUGGGCCAGAACACUGCAUUAGGCACUUGGGAGCACACAACUGAAGACACGGCCACUGCCCUGGAAAAUCUUGUGAUCUAAUGGAAGGAGUUGGCUCAGACAUCCACAGUGGCCACCAACCCCCGUGGUGGCUCCUCCAGCCUCACCUCACUCAUCUCCCCUCCAGAUUGGGGAAGUAACACUGCUGAUGGGGAAUUGUCCAGGGAGACUUCUUGGAACAACUACUCUGGCUAGCCCUCCUACCAGAAAAGUGAGCCAGACCAUUAAAGUAUUCUCAGAGUGAAACUCACAGUCUAGCCAUCUACAGGCCCUAACCCCUCCUUCCUGGCUAGGACAUCUCGAGCCACUUUCGGUAUUUAUUAUUCCCUGAUUGUUUUUCCCACUCAAAAGAUGAGAAAACCAUGCUUCAGCAGCCAGAAUUUCCUCUUGCUCUGUCUAUCUUGUUCCUCCCUCAUACAGCUGCUGAACAAACUACACCCCUCUUUACCCCCGCCCACCCAAACCACAAGGCCCUGUUGGGGCGGGGGAGACAGAAACUGGAUUCUCUUCUGUGGGCCUUAGUGAAUGACAACUUCCUGACUUGGGUGACUGAGCUUGGUGAUUAUAAUUAAACACUAAA